AUGUGGAUAUGCAAUCUGUGCCGAAAACAACAAGAAAUCCUCACCAAAUCAGGGGCUUGGUUCUACAACAGUGGUUCUAACACACCGCAGCAGCCUGGCUACGAGUUAACGCGGGGACAUCGAAACGAGGAAGCACCUCAAGAGAAGAAGGCAAAGUUGCAAGAGCAGUCCCAGUACCAGGGACCCUCAGGGGAAAUUUCUACACCAGCAUCUGACAAAACCCGACCUCAAGGGCUCACACGGCAGGAAUCAAUCAAAAAUGAUUCAGGGGUGAAACACCAGGCCACCAGUGACACACUCCCUGACAGAAAGCGAAGCCCAUCAGCAUCCAGGGAACAGAAAAGGCAGUACGACCAAAGAGAGGAGAGAGUAGAUCAAUCACAGUAUGCAACACUGGACAGCGUAAUGCCAAGAUCACCACCUGAAUAUGCAGAACGGAGAUCACAGCGCAGUUCACGGAUUUAUGAUGACUCUGAAUAUAGAGAUUAUAGAGAUUCUGGACGAAGGACUCGCAGGCGAUCACAGGAGUACAGUCUGGAUGAGGAUAUUGAUGGACAGAACAGGGAUGAGUAUGAAAGACAAAGACGAGAAGAGGAGUACCAAAACCGGUAUAGAAGUGAUCCAAAUUUAGCUCGAUAUCCAGUUAAGCCUCAGCCAUAUGAAGAGCAAAUGCGUAUUCAUGCUGAGGUUUCCAGAGCACGGCAUGAACGAAGGCACAGUGAUGUGUCUUUGGCACAUACAGAACUUGAAGAUUCGCAGAUUUCUAUGCUUAGGCUGGAACGACAGUCACGGCAAAGAACAAUGUCAGAAAGAAGAUCUCCAGUAGAAAACCAACGUUCUUAUUCUGUAGAAAGAACACGAGAUAUGCAGGAAAUGAGUCCUAUCCGGCAAAGGACAGCAAAUCACAGUCCUCCAACACCCAGGAGGAGUCCUGUCCUUACGGAUAGACAAGAUAUGAGGUGUACAGAUUCAUUACGUAAACAACAUCAUUUAGAUCCUAGCUCAGCUGUAAGGAAAUCAAAACGAGAAAAGAUGGAGACCAUGUUAAGGAAUGAUUCACUCAGUUCAGACCAAUCAGAAUCAGUGAGGCCUCCACCACCAAAGCCUCACAAAACAAAGAAGGGUGGAAAAAUGCGUCAGGUUUCACUGAGUAGCUCUGAAGAAGAGUUAGCAUCGACUCCUGAAUAUACAAGCUGUGAUGAUGUAGAAAUUGAAAGUGAAAGUGUUAGCGAAAAAGGGGACAUGGAUUACUGGUUGGAACAUGCAUCUUGGCAGGGCAGUGAGGCAUCCCCAGUGUCUUUGCAUCCUGUAACGUGGCAACCAUCUAAGGAUGGAGAUCGUCUAAUUGGACGAAUUCUGUUAAAUAAACGAAUGAAGGAUGGAAGUGUACCUCGUGAUUCAGGAGCAUUGCUUGGAUUAAAGGUUGUUGGAGGAAAGAUGACUGAAUCAGGUCGUCUAUGUGCAUUUAUUACCAAGGUAAAGAAAGGAAGCUUAGCUGACACUGUUGGACACUUGAGGCCAGGUGAUGAGGUUUUGGAAUGGAAUGGCCGUUUUUUACAAGGUGCAACGUUUGAGGAAGUCUACAACAUUAUUUAUGAAUCCAAACCUGAGCCACAGGUGGAAUUAGUAGUUUCAAGGCCCAUUGGGGAUAUUCCCAGAAUACCCGACAGCACACACACACAGUUAGAGUCUAGUUCUAGCUCAUUUGAAUCACAGAAAAUGGAACGGCCUUCUAUUGCAGUUACCUCCCCAAUGAGUCCUGGAGUGUUACGGGACGUCCCUCAGUUCCUUUCAGGACAGCUAUCAAGCCAAAGCCUUAGUAGAAGAUCAGCGCCUUUUGUUCCUAGGGUUCAGAUUAAACUCUGGUAUGACAAAGUUGGUCACCAGUUGAUUGUUACGGUACUGGGGGCAAAGGAUCUUCCUUCAAGGGAAGAUGGCAGGCCUAGGAAUCCUUAUGUUAAAAUUUACUUUCUUCCAGACAGAAGUGAUAAGAAUAAAAGAAGAACAAAAACAGUAAAGAAAACAUUAGAGCCCAAAUGGAACCAAACAUUUAUUUAUUCUCCAGUUCAUCGGAGAGAGUUUCGAGAACGGAUGUUGGAAAUUACACUCUGGGACCAGGCCAGGGUUCGAGAAGAAGAAAGUGAAUUUUUAGGAGAGAUUCUUAUAGAACUGGAGACAGCGCUGCUAGAUGAUGAACCCCACUGGUACAAACUUCAGACACAUGAUGGCUCCUCACUGCCACUUCCCAGGCCAUCUCCAUUUUUAUCACGUCGGCAACCACAUGGGGAGAGCCCGAAUCGAAGACUGCAGAGGUCACAAAGGAUAAGUGACAGUGAAGUGUCUGACUAUGACUGUGAUGAUGGUGUUGGAGUGGUGUCAGAUUAUCGGCAUAAUGGGAGAGAUCUUCAAAGCUCAACAUUAUCAGUCCCAGAGCAGGUUAUGUCUUCCAAUCAUUGUUCGCUGCCAGGUUCAUCUCAUCAUGGAGACACUAUUAGUAGGACAAGAUCACGGUCUCCAAGUGUUCCUCCCCCACAGAGAAAUUUGGACCAAGGAUCUCGAGGAACUCGUUCCUCACCUGCACAGUUCAACAGCAUGAGCAGAGUAGAAAGGCAUCGCAUGCUGGAUGAUCACUAUUCCCCAGACAGGGACAGAUGGUACAGUGGUCCAAGUUCAUGGGCAGAUCAUGUAGUCAAUGGCUCGAUGGAGAGCAGCAGGAAUUGUGAUGCAGCAGAUAGACAGGAAUAUCAAAGAUCCAGAUCAACAGAACACCGGCGUGUGUUUGAGCGGAUCAACUCCCGCUCCAGAUCCACUGAGCGUCCUGAAACAAACCUCAUGAGGUCGAUGCCUUCUUAUACUGCAGGAAGAUCAGCCCCACCUUCACCUGCCUUAUCAAGGUCUCAUCCUCGCAGUGGUUCUGUUCAGACUAGUCCCAGCAGCACACCAGUAGCAGGACGAAGGGGAAGGCAGUUACCACAGCUUCCACCGAAAGGAACACUCGAGAGAAGUGCUAUAGAUGUGGAAGAGAGAGCACGCCAAAUGAAAAUGAAAAUGAACAAAUACAAACAGGUAGCAGGAUCAGACUCAAGGCUGGAGCAAGACCGUCACUCCAAGCACCGGUCAGGGAGGGAGCUUCAUCGAGGUUCUGAUAAUGUCUCCAACAAGUCAUCAGACAGUGAUGUGAGUGACGUAUCUGCUGUAUCAAGAACAAGCAGUGCAUCUCGUUUCAGCAGCACAAGCUACAUAUCUGUUCAGUCAGAACGACCCAGAGGCAACAAGAAAAUCAGUGUUUUUACAUCUAAAAUGCAAAGCAGGCAGAUGGGAGUCUCAGGGAAGAACAUGACCAAAAGCACCAGCAUUGGUGGAGACAUGUACAGCCUGGAAAAGAACGAUGGCAGUCAAUCAGACACAGCAGUUGGUACAGUUGGAAGUGGUGGAAAGAAGCGGCGUUCAAGUAUUGGUGCAAAAAUGGUUGCAAUUGUAGGCCUGUCUCGAAAAAGCCGUAGUGCCUCCCAGCUCAGUCAGACAGAAGCCGGAGGAAAGAAGCUAAGAAGUACCAUCCAAAGAAGUACAGAAACUGGACUAGCUGUGGAAAUGAGAAGUCGGAUGACACGACAGGCUAGCCGGGAAUCCACAGAUGGGAGCAUGAACAGCUAUAGUUCGGAGGGGAAUCUCAUCUUCCCUGGAGUUCGGCUUGCAUCAGAUAGUCAGUUCAGUGAUUUCUUGGAUGGGUUGGGUCCAGCCCAGCUGGUGGGACGCCAGACAUUAGCAGCACCAUCAAUGGGUGAUAUCCAGAUUGGAAUGAUGGAUAGAAAAGGACAAUUGGAAGUUGAAGUAAUCCGAGCCCGUAACCUUGUUUCAAAACCAGGUUCAAAGACACUGCCAGCACCAUAUGUUAAGGUGUAUUUAAUAGAAAAUGGAAGUUGUAAAGCCAAGAAGAAAACAAAAGUAGCAAGAAAAACACUAGAACCUCUAUACCAACAACAACUAUCUUUUGAAGAAAGUCCUCAAGGCAAGGUUCUACAGAUUAUUGUAUGGGGUGACUAUGGACGUAUGGAUCACAAAUCUUUUAUGGGGGUGGCACAGAUACUGUUAGAUGAACUGGACCUUUCCAAUAUGGUAAUUGGAUGGUAUAAACUGUUUCCCCCUUCUUCUUUAGUAGACCCAACUUUGGCUCCUCUGACUAGAAGAGCAUCUCAGUCAUCUCUUGAAAGUUCAACGGGACCUUCAUAUUCUCGCUCAUAGCAGUUGUGAAACUGUUGUUAUAGCAACCAGCAUUACAAAAAAAAAACAGGUCGCAAACCCUGGCAACACUGCAUGCUUAAUGUUGUGUCUUCUGAGCCUGUUUCUAGGGAUACAAAAGCGAUCCUGUGUCCUCAGAGGAAGCUGCACACAUUGUGCUCUACAGAGGCCCUCAGGUGAUGGAACGGAGCUGUAAUGAACUAAAAUGAUUGGAGUUCGGUGAUAUUAUUUUUUAUUAGUUCAACAUGAAGCCAUGGAUUAAGAGAAAGACUUAAUCAGUCUCAAGCAACAGAAGCUGUUUUCAGUGGCAUACAUUUUUGUUGCUCAUUUUGGAGUAAAUACUAAUUUCUUCCCCAAAAACCUGGAUAUACCACAGAGAUCACUGAAGCCAGCUGCAUACGUCAUGCCUUGUUAUGUAGAUUCAAAAAUGAUAAAAGCAGCAAGCAGAAAAAUGUCAUGAGAUAGUAUAAGCCCUAUAACAGAAGGACAGUUAUCCCAGCCUGGUGAAUAAUGGAAAGAAGGGAAGUGAGCAAGCAAGAAAGCUAGAAAGAAAGACUGUUUGAAACAGUCUUCAGAGUUUCUAGUACUCACUCCAGGAGAACCCAAAUUGCUUUUAACUUUGGGAUCAAAUAAUACAGAUUUUUGUUUAUAUAUUGUAUGACAUUACAGAAGCAAUUUUUUUGCAUGGACAGAGGUUUAGCUGAACACAAAUUAUUUUAUUGAGGCUGCAACUUGCAAAAAAAAAAAAAAAGAUCAGCCAUUUUCAACAAUUUAUAUUAUUUUUACAAAUAAAAUUCACUAGUGCAUGGUUUUAAAGGGGAGUGAAUGCAACUGUGUGAUACAAAAGCCACACCAUUGUUUAUCAUUCUUUAAAUCUAUCAUGAGUCUGUGUUUUUGCAGACAUUCUAUUAUAAAAAAAUGAAAGAUACUUUAUAGCAAAUAUUUAAACCAAUCCAUUUAUGUGACAAAAAUAAAUGUAAUUAAUAUAUUUAUUAGUUGUAAAGGUACAGGCCUUGUAAAGUUCAGCAUUAAGUGGAAAUUGUAUGUUUCUCUCAUUAUUCUUUUGAUUUUUCCUCUGUCGUUUACCCAUGGUGACUACUAUUUCUCACUUGUGCCCCGACAUUUUGAUUUAAGGCUGCGGAUAAGUCUGCAUUCCUGAAACCUAACUUUAAAAGAUUGUUUUAAAAACACGCUUGUUUCGGGCAUGUUGAAAAAGUUUUUGCAACAUGGCUUGGGAACACGUUACAGUAACUCAGCAUGUAUUUGAUAAAGAAGAUAUUUGGGAUUUUUGCAGUUUACUGUACAGUGCAUGGUAACUUAUUUACAUCAUUCCUCACCUUCAGAUUUAAUUCUAAAUAGAAAUAUCAGAAUGUUGCAACCACCUUCAUUGUCUUCAAUAAAUUGUUAUAUCAGUAACUUAACACCGUUUCUAGAACCGAGAAGAUGCUAUAUACAUUUUUGAAGAUCAAUGGAGAAUAUAACAUGGUUAAAAGUUACAGGGAAGAAAUGUUCAGCCAUUUUUCUGAAUGGAAUAAUGGCAGUCAAAUUGGAAGCAGUUUGGUUUUAUAUGAAUGUGCUGAAGUCAGUAAAAAAUGUUAUUUAGGAUAUCCUUGACUAUAAAAGUUAUUUCAUUUCUUUGCUGCAUUUAUGAAUACUUGAUAUUGACAGAUCACUGCAAACUUGCCAGAAUAUGAUCAGUUUUCAGUUCAUUAUUCCUUCAGGUAAAACUAAAUACUACAUAGUAAAGUUAAAUUUUUACAUGUGGUAGGGUACUAAUAAAACAUAUCCAAAGUAUUAAAAUGUCAUUGUAGACAUAAACAGAAAUUAUGAUUUUAGUCAAAGGUGUUGCUGUAACAUUUCAUGUUUGUGACCUUAAUUUUUCCAGGAUAAUUAAUUUAUGUUAUGCCACCAUCAUGUUUGUGUCUUUAUGUUCUCAUCAGAACAGACUGUGUAGUUUAUUUAUGAAGCCUUGCAAUAACUAUGAGGAUUUGCCUUUCAAGUCUGGUCCCUUGCACAUAUGAUUCUCUGUCUACUAAUCAGCUAACAAAUGUUAUCAAAAUAUCCAUUAAACAUUUAUUGGUAACUCUUACAAAGAAGAAAAAGUGGAUAGGAUAUAUAAAAUGCCUUUUAUUUUUGUUUAUGUGGUACAAUGUGUCAUGAUGAACCAAGACUGUGUCUUGAGAAACUGAGAUGUAGUAUUGAGCAAUGCUUAGGUAAAGGAUAUAUCGCUGAGAAUAUGUUGACAUAAUUUAAAUAUUGAGCACCAACAGAGCAUACAAGGAUUACAUCAAGUAACAUCCCUGUAUUAAGAAAAUAUGUGCGUGUGUGUGUGUGUGUGUGUGUGUGUGUGUAUAUAUAUAUAUAUAUAUAUAUAUACAU